GCUACUGGCGCAUGGUGGGCGACCCCAUCAACGGCAUGGCUGUGGAGUUCGGGCUCGAGGGCAAGGUGCCCGACAACAGCUGGAUGGCGUUGGGCCUGUCUGGUAACCAGUCGCACGCUGACAUGCACAGCAGCGACAUCACCGCUGCAGGAAUCAUCACCUCUAGCACCAGCAACGGCAGCAGCAGCGGAAGCGGGAGCAGCAGCAGCAGUGGUGGCAGUAGCAGUAUUGGUAGCAGUAGCAGUAGCAGUGGGGUGGUAGAUGCGUUGCAACGGAUUUCUACGUCACGGCGUUGGAGGCGUGUGAGCAGAUCGCAGGAGGAUACGUGGGGGUCUGUCCGGACGCUCUUCUCGGCUCCUCCCCCGCCCUCAACAACGUCAAUCUCACCCUCGCCUCGCGCCAGGCGGACGUCUCCUUCAUCCGCUUCCGCCGCUCCCUCGCCCUCUCCACCGACCCCCUCUUUGACCGCCGAUUCGAUAUAAGCCUCCCCUCUGCAGUCCCCAACAAUACGGAUCUUUCCCGCCCCCUGCUGUUCAUUUUCGCUACAGGACCCCUCCACCCUUCCUCCACCCCUCGCUGCCCCAGCUACUCCCACAUGCCUCCUCCUCGGCGUUCUUUUCUGGAUCGAUUAACAUCACGUUAAACGCUGCUAAAGCGACUAAUUCCUGUGAGCCGCUUUGGAACACGCCGGCGCUGAGCUACCCGGCUCUGCCGCCCGGUUUGGUGCCCUCGCCGCCCGGCGAGCCAUCCAUGUGGGACGACGGGGCGGUGAUUUCUGGCUUAUCUCAGUGCAGCACCACGUUUGAGGGGGAAAAUAGGAAGUUUGCCUCGUGUGAGGCCCUUCCAGGAGGUUUCUUUUUCAUGUGGACGCUUGGGAAAGAAGAGCUAUCUGGUGCGUUUAUCUCCCAGUCUGUGUCCCCACAAGGUUACGCUGCUGUAGGGCUGCUGCUGCCCCCACCCACCCCGCUGCUAGAGGCGCUGUUUACCCCUCCCCCGGCGCCGGCCGGGGGGAAUGGGAGUGGGAGCGUGGAAGGGGGGUAUGUGAAGCCGGAUUCGUUAGUGGGUGCCUCGAUGCUGGUUGCAGUGAGGGCGGAGGACGGAAGCGGGGGAAUGAGAGUGGAGGAGUUUGAGAUCGUGAAGAAAGCGGCAGGCGACAGCAGCAACACCACUCUCACUGGCGCAACAACCACAGGCACCAGCACCACCAGCACCACCAGCACCGGCAGCAGCAGCAACAGUACCAGUCUGGCACCACAGGAGCAAACGGCCAUGGUGCGAGGGGGCAAUCUCUCUCUCAUCUCAUCCAAAGCGGAGCUCCAAGCGGGCUCCCUCACGCUGCUCUUCACCAUCAAACUCCCCCACAGGCAGCGAUCCGGUGCCGUGCUCCUCUGGACCAAGGGCGCCCAGUUCUUCCCUUCGAACGACUCCCUCUCCCCUGAUGGGGUUGUAGCUAUGGCAAGCGCGCCGAUAGACUUUGGCAAUGAGAGUGACGUGGAUCCGAACGCGGCGCAGGUGACAACAGCAGGAGUGGUGUAUUCGGCCCUGAGUGUGGCGGCGUGGGCGUUUCUGCUGCCGGUGGGGGCGGUGUCGGGGCGGUAUGUGCGCAAGCAUAGCCGGUACUGGUUCCCGCUGCACCAGGGGGUUCAGCUGGGCGGGUACUUUCUGACGCUCUCGGCGUUCACGCUGGCCCUGUCGCUGGAGUCGCUGCACAAGUCGGUGGGGUACUGCGUGCUGCUCGCGCUGCUCUCUGUUCUCCUCGUGUUACAGAUUUCAGCAGUGAUGGUUCGUCCCCCCGAGUCCCACCACCUGAGGGACCACUGGCGGCGAUUCCACAAGGUGUGCGGGUGCUCCUCGCUCCUCCUCUCCCUCAUCCUCCUCUUCCUCGGCCUUCAGCUCAUACAAGCCUCCUCGGGCUUCUCUAUUACUGCUGGCGUGUGGCUGGCGCUGCUGGCGUCCUGCUGCCUUACCCUGGAGUGGCUGCUGUGGGCGAAUAGGCUGACUCAGAGUAGGGUUAGGCCGGAGAGAGAGGGGGAGGCGAGUGAGAAGGGGAGCCAUGCAGGGUCCCUUCCCAUGGGUGCAGGAGAAUUACCUGGACAUGGAAGAACAGCAGGAUCAGGAGCAGGAGCAACCGCAACUGCAGGAAGAGCCGGGAAAAGAGAGUCUCACUCUCACUCUCACCACUCGCAUCCCUCGCACGCAUCUCACCACCACCACUCGCACCUGUUGCCUGUGGAGCGCACAGACAGCACCACGAGCAGCAGCAGCGGGGUGGGCGGGCUGGGGAAGGGCGGGGAGAGGCAGAGGCGGCGGCAGCAGAGGCAGCAGGAGGAGCUGGCGGAAGCAGUAGCGGCCGCCUGUGCUAGAGCCACCUCUAGGAUGUCGUUCAAUGGACGCUUGCCUCCUGGUACUGCUGGUGGUGCUGCUGGUGGUGCUGCUGGUGGUGCUGCUGGUGGUGCUGCUGGCCGUACUGGUGGUAGUGGUGGUGUUGGUGGUGGUGGUAGCGGUGGUGCAGGUGCGGGUGCUGGUGGGGUGGGACCAGCAAGAGGAGGGGCAGGGGGGCUGCUGUCAGCUGCUGCUGCUGCGGUGGCUGAUGUUGACGGUGACGCUGCUGCUGCUGCUGCUGGCAGUUCCGGUGCUGCUACUAGCGCUGUGAGUAGCGUGCCAAGUGCAGCAGUAGGAGCAGCGGCGGGAGUAGCAGGGGCAGCCAUAGGUGCUGGAGUGGCAGGAGUCGUUGGUGGUUCACUUGCUGCAGCAGACGCAGUGGGAGCAGGCAAGACGCCCUACUCCAUUCUUCAGUAUCCAGGUAAUAAUGCUGGUGGGGUGUCAAAACAUCCUGCUGCUGCCGGUAGUGCAGCAUCAAAGCACACGAAGCAACUGCUGAGGUCGGCUACUCCCACUGCUGCUGCCGCCGCUGCAGCGGCUGCUGCUGCUGUCACCUCUGUCAGCCUAACUGCCUCUGACUCUGCUGGCUCUGCUUCUGCCACAGCGGCUGCUGCUGCUGCUGCGGCUGCUGCUGCGGCUGCUCGUGGAUCCCCUGCCAAAGCAACGCGUUUCUACCAGAACAGCAUACUGACCCCUGCUCCCCCUGGCAGCGCUGCAAUCGCCACUCUUGUCGCCAGUACCAGGAAUCCUGCUGAGGCUGCGGUUGGGCCAAUACUGAGUGUUACAGGGGCAGCAGGAGCGGGUGAAACAAGAGGAGGAGAAGGAACAGGAGGGGUGGGAGGAGGGGACGCAGUGGGAACAGGCGGAGCAGGAGGAGGAUUAGGAGGGGGGGGAGCAGAGGCGGCUGCAUUUUCCUUAGCCACGAGAACCACCUUCAUGAACCCCCUCUUUCACUCGUCAGUCGAAGGAAGCAAAGACGGAGAGGAUAGCAGCAGCAGCAGCGGCAGAAACAGCCCUAGGAGCAGCAGCUUUACGGCACAUGCUGAAGGUUUCUCUAAGACGGGUGAUGGUGGUGGGAAUGUGGAACUGGUUGCUGUGGGCAUACAGGCACAGCAACAAGAGAAGGAGAAGGAGCACCUGCAGCAGAAGCAGCCACAGAAGGAGCAGCAGCAGCCUCAGAAAGGGCAGCAGCAGCCUCAGAAGGGGCAGGAACGGCAGCUGUGGCAGCAGCUGUGGCAGCUGCAGCAAACGGCACAUUUGGAGCCGGGUGAGCAGCAGAAGGAAGCUCAGAAAACGGUGGAAAAGGGCAUAGAGAGAGCGCAUCCGCAGCAGCUGCAGCGCCCUAUGAGAGGCUCGGAAGGCGGUGCUUCGGGCUCAACUCAUGCUGCACCAAGUGUUGUUGCUACUCCCUCUGCGACCGAGCUUGCUCCUGCUGCCUCACCAGCUAUGGGGCUGGCCUCAGCAGCAGCAGCAGCAGCAGCAGCAGCAGCAGCAGCAGCAGCAGCAACAGCAACAGGGAAAGAUGCCGCUGCAGCUGCUGUUGUACCAUCACCUCCCUCCUCCACUAGGACUUCACAUCCAGUCAUCUCACCCCCCGUGGCUGCAGUUAGCGUCUCCUCUGUUGCCUACAAACCAGUUGCUACAACCCCUGGUGCUACAGCCCCUGCUGCUACAUACCCUGUUGCUACAGCCGGCGUCGCUGCUCCAGCUGUAGCUAGCCCCGUUGCAGUUGGUCUAGGAAUCAGUGGUACAGCUACAGAAGUAGCUUGCUAUUUCGAGAAGAAAACUGAGGUCGAAGGAGAGGAGGGGAAGGGGAACGAGGGGGCUGACAGUGAGGGGACAGACAGAGCGGAGAGGGGAAGGGAAGCAAGACAUAGGGAGGAGGAAACACCCGGAUGGGAGAAGGAACGGCCUCGGCUGAGAGACGAGUCUACACAGGAGCGAGCAGCAGAGAAGGAAAGGGCUGCAGAGGAAAAGAGAGGUGCCGCGGAGAGAGCAGCAGAGGAGGAGAGGGUGAGGGAGGAGAGAGUGAGAGAGGCAGCGAGCGCAAAGGAGGCCCGCUUGGCAGAAAACAGGCGGAGAUUUGAGUUGAUGGCAGCAGGCUUGGGCGGUGGGAAUGGGGAGGGGGCGCAGGAGGAGGAGGGAGAGGGGCCCAGCCGAUGAUCAAAAUGGACAAGUAUAACGUGAAGGCCACGGUGGUGCACGCGCCUGACUUUGCGUCGCUCAAGCGGUCGCUGCAACUGCACAAGGCUCUGGCUUCCACUGAGAGCAGGGCUGCUGGCGCUGCUGCUGGCGUCAGUGCCACUGGUGGCUCUUCUACGGGUGGCUCUGCUAGUUCUGCCUGCGGGACGGCCAUCUGGCAAUGCUGCUGCUUAUGCUGUGAAUAGUAUGGCUGCUGUGACAGCAGCCUCUAGGGCUGCAGCAUUAGACCCCCCUUCGAUUCUUCUCCCUCCAUACGGAUUUGCGGAUUCCAACCCUCCUCCUCGCUCCAACACUCCCCCUCGCUACAACACGCCUCCUCGCUCCAACACCCCUCCGCGCGCCCACUCCCCCUCGUCCCAAUCCGGCUCCCCUAGAACAGCCGGUCUCCCCCUCUUCCCCCCUCCCCUUCCUUUUCGGGUGGAGGGCUAUCCGCCCGCUCACCGUCGCCUGGUAACCGUAACAGUGCCCUUGUGGCGGCUGCAGCUGCUGCUGCAGUUGCUGGGGAGACUGGUGCUGGAAUUGCUUCUGGUACUCAGGUUGAGUCAUCUCAUAACGCCGGUGGUGGAUCAUCAGCAAGAAGAGCCCUCAGCUUCCUGCCGGUCAUUGCAGACACACCUCGCUCUCUCUCCCCCACUCCGCCAGGGGCCAUGCCAAAACAGCUGCUUCCCCACUCACAUCAGCAGCAGCAGCAGCAGCAGCAGGCACUGCUCUACCAGCAGCAAGCAUACAUGGGUAUGCCCUCCUCCCCUACCUCCUCCUCGUCUACCCUCCCUCCCAUUGCAGAGCUCCCGAGCUCAUCCGCACAGGGGCUAUCUGCAGGUGUAUCUGGGGAAGGUUUACCUGCAGGAUUUGCAGGUAGUGCAGGGAGUGCUGCUGCAUUGGUUCUCGCCUCUCAACACCUCCCCUCUUCGCCCUCCCUCUGCCCCUCUCCUGGAUCUGCUGCUCUGCCAACGUUGCCACGACGGCCGUUAGAUCUCUCUGUGAAGGCAUCUCAGCCGUCCAUCUCAUCUGCCCCGCGAAGAAUCCUCUCAUCCAGUUUGUUUGCUCCUGAGGGAGCAGGAAGUGGGAGCCAUGGGAGUCAUGGGAAUCAUGGGAGUCAUAAUUGGGGUGCUGGGGGGGUGGGAGCUGGUAGGUUAGGAUCUCCUGUUGCUGCCACUGCUGGAUUUGGCUUAGCGAUCCAACGGUCAGGAUCAAACGAGGGGCUAGCUGUGGAACGUGUAGGGUCUGGUGAUGGUUUAGCAGGACAAGGGUUUGGGUAUUAGAAUGAACGGGAAAAUGACUGGCAAAGGCCGUUCCCAUCUAGAUGGCUAACUGAUGCAUUCGUAUAAUUUAUCGGCCAAUUA